AUGAGAUCACAAAAAAUCUGCAAAAAAAAUUCAAUGAGCAUUAAACAACUACUCCCACCAUUAUUCAACCACAUAAACUUACACAUCAUAAUGGAUAACUUAGGCAACAUCGAACUAUACCUUAAAUCCCUCGACCAAUCAAUUCUCCAAUAUGAACCAACUCUUGAGCCACUCCUAUCACGAACUCUCGAUGAACAUCUAGCACAACAAUCAACAGCGCAAGACAAGAUCAAAUUCCUUAAUAAUUUCCAAUACGUACUAAUAUCAACGAUAUAUUCAUAUUUGAAAACCAUCGGAAUUGAUACCGAGGUCCACCCUAUCAAGAAGGAAUUAGCUAGAGUGAAGAGUUAUAUGAUGAGAGCGAAGAAUAUGGAAAAUAACAAAAAUGAUGAGCAGAAUGUAGUGGAGAAGGAAAAGACAAAGGAGUUUUUAACUCGCACGUUAGGAGUCAAGAAUGGCGAUGCAAGCACGGUGAAGGAUGUUGGACCUGCUAUAAGUUCGCAGAAUUUCCAAGGUACUCAUACGAGAUUUGAAGAAGAAGAAGAAGAAGAAGAAGAUGAUGAUGAUGAUGAAAAAAGUGAUCGAAAAGCGAAAUCGGAAUCACUGAAAGAAGCAGUACUGAAGACACCAAUCGAGAGUGUGAAGAGAGGUAAGCUAAAGAAAAAAGAUAAGCUGUCGAAACAAAAGGAUAAAUCAAUGUCCAAGAAUAAAGUAACCAAAGUCAAACACGGGUAUUUACCACCUAGAUCUGAUAAACUAAAGAAAUCAAAGAAUAAGUAG